AUGACGGUCGGAGAGCAGCAUUACAGUCACGCGUCGUGCGUAUUCACGACGGCCGUCAUCUUCUUCGCCGUCGCGUCGACGAUGACGUCGCUCGUGCUCAUCACUGCCGACCGCUUCUUCGCCGUCACGCGGCCCGUGCUGUACAAGACGCGGCUGACGCGUCGCGUGGCGCGUCGGCUGAUCGCGUUCAGCUGGACGUACGGCGCGGCGACGACGUGCGUAGCGGUGGCGCUGCUGGUCGCGUGUCGGGAGAAGCACGCGCACCACGAGUGCAAGCCGGACUGGAUUCUGCCGGCCGGCUUCGUGUACUUCCACGUCGCCAACUACGUCGUCGUGCUGCUCGUCAUGGUGUACACCUACGUCGCCAUACUGCGUCUGAGUCUCGCGCGCGUCGCCCGUCAGCACGCGGGAGGCGCGACCGUGGCGCCAUCUCCGUUCAAAUCGAGAACGACGAAGAUGACGGUGAUGAUCAUCAGUCUGGCGGUGACGUGCAUGUUACCGCACAUGGUUUACAUGGUGGCGAUCCACGCGCGCGGCUCGUACGAGCCGUACGGCUGGCUGAGGAACGUGCGCUCCGUGCUGCUCGUGCUCAACUCGCUCGCCAACCCGUUCAUCUACGUCUGGCAGAACAGACAGUUUCGAGCCGCCAUUCUCGCGCUCGUCUGCAAGCAGACGUCGGCGACCUACGACAGUCGCAGUCGACCCUGA